AAUGCAAAUCGGGCAUGUCACAACAUGGAGUCACACUCCCUUCGUAGCAUGGACUUUAUUUACAAUUGACGGGUUCUUUAACCAAGCAUUUGGUUUCCAGCUGAAGUAGAUUUGUUCCUGCAGUGACAUUAUGACGACAGCAUCAACAGGUUCUUUAACCGAGCAUUUGGUUUCCAGCCAAGUAGAUUUCCAGAAGUAGAUUUGUUCCUGCAGUGACAUUAUGGCGACAGCAUCAACAGUUUCUGAGCUUAGGGUAGUUCUGCUGGGGAACAGCUGGGCUGAGAGGAGUUCAGUGGGGAACUUCAUACUGGGAGAGACUGUGUUCAACACUGAGAAAGAACCAGACCGGUGUCUGAGAGUCAGUGGACAGUUAAAAGGAAAAGAAAUAGUUCUUAUCAACACCCCAGAUCUGCUGCUUCCCAACAUCCCCCAAUGGAAACUUUCACAACAUGUAAAAACCUGUGUGAGUCUCUCUGAUCCUGGACCUCAUGUGUUCCUGCUGGUUCUACAGCCUGAGCACUUCACUGAGAAACACAAACUGAGACUCUGCAGUUUCCUACAACUCUUUGGUGAUCAAUCAUUCGAUCAUUCACUGGUAUUAAUAUCACCACCUAAAAAGGGGAGUUCAGGUUUCAUUGAAAAGGUUAUGCAACAUCCACCAUUAAAAGACCUGAUCAGAAUGUGUAGAAACAGAUAUGCGAGUCAGAACCUUGACCAUUCAGAGCUGUUAACACAUUUGGGUCAAACUGCAAAGGAGAACAAUGGAGAGCCUGUGAGCUGUGAUGUGUUUGAGGAUGCAGGUUUGAUCAUGGCACCAAAGUCUGAACACAUCAAACCAGCUUUAAACCUGGUUCUGUGUGGGACGAAAGGAGCAGGUAAGACUUCAGCAGCCGAGGCCAUUUUAGGUCAGAGAGAGCUUCCUUCAGUCUCCAACUCCUCAGAGUGUGUUAAACAUCAGGGAGAGGUGUGUGGACUAAGGGUUUCCCUGGUGGAGCUCCUUGCUUUGUGUGGAAAACCUCAGGAGAAAGUGAUGGAGGAAUCAUCCAGGUGUGUCUCCCUCUGUGAACCUGAAGGCGUCCAUGCCUUCAUCCUGAUCCUACCUAUGGGUCUCCUCACUGAUGAAGACAAGGGAGAGUUAGAGACCCUCCAGAACACAUUCAGCUCUCGAGUCAUCGACUUCACCUUGAUUCUGUCCACUGUGGAGUCAGAUCCUACAGCUCCAGCUGUUGUUAACUUACUAAAGGAGAACAAGGACCUCCAGGAGCUCCGUCAGAGAUGUGGAGGAAGACAUGUUGUUCUCAACAUCAAGAACCAGCAGCAGAUCCCAGAGCUGUUGGAUGCUGUGCUAGAGAUGAGAGGUACAGGAUCUAGGUGCUUUACAAAGGACAUGUUCACCAAGGCUCAGAUGGAGAAGGUUGUAGAGCUGGAUAACACUAUCAGAAGACUUAAAGCUGAACUGCAGGAUGUUAAAAAGAAAACUCAGGAGGGAGAUGUUGAUGAAAGUCAGAACAGAGAGUGUCUCAGGAUGGUGCUGUUUGGGAAGACUGGCAGUGGGAAGAGUGCAACUGGAAACACCAUUUUGGGCAAAGAAUAUUUUGAAUCAACUGUCAGCUCAAAGUCAGUGACCAGGCUUUGCAAGAAAGCAACAGGAGAGAUUGAUGGACGUCCUGUCGCUGUGGUGGACACCCCCGGUCUGUUUGACACAACACUGUCCAAUGAUGAUGUUCAACAGGAGCUUGUGAAAUGCAUCAGCUUGUCGUCUCCUGGACCUCAUGUGUUCUUACUGGUGCUGCAGAUCGGCCGGUUUACCAAGGAGGAAAAAGACACUGUGGAACUGAUCAAAACAUUUUUUGGCAAGAGAUCUGGAGAUUUCAUCAUCAUUUUAUUUACCAUGGGAGAUAAUCUGGAGGGUCAUCAAACAAUAGAGAGUUACAUACAAUCUAAUGACCGCUUGGAAAAACUGAUCAAUGACUGUGGAGGGAGAUACCAUGUCUUCAAUAACAGAGAAAAGACCGACAAGUUCCGGCAAGUCAGAGAGCUGAUGGAGAAGACCAACAAAAUGCUGAAGGAAAAUGGUGGCAGCUGCUUCACCUCAGAGAUGUUUCAAGAGGCCGAGGCGGCCAUACAGAAGGAAACGGAGAAGAUCCUGAAGGAGAAGGAAGAAGAAAUGAAGAGAGAGAAGGAGGAGACACAACGAAAACACGAGGAGGAAAUGGAAGCAGUGAAGAUGAGAAUGAAACAAGAGAGAGACGAAAGUGAGAAGAGGAGAGCCAGACAGCUUCAAGAAAUGGAGGAAAAUAUCAACAAGGAACGAGAGGAGAGAAGGAGAGAUGAGGAGAAGAGAAUGAAAGAGGAGAUGGAGAAGAAAAGGCAGGAAGAAAUUCAACUAAUUGAAUGGGAGAAAAAACUUGUGUGUAAGAUGAUGGAGCAGAGUAAUGAAGAGAUAAAAAAGCAAAAGGAAGAAUGGGAGAAGAAGAGUGAAGCAGCUCGGAUCAGACAACAAGAAGAAAAUGAAAAGAUACGACAAGAGGAGCAAACAAGACUUCAAAGGAUGCAAGAAGAGUACGAGCAGGAGAAACUAAGAAGAGAAAAAGAGAGAGAUAAAAGUGAGAAGGAGAGAGCCAGACAGCUUCAAGAAAUGGAGGAAAAUAUCAAGAAGGAGCGAGAGGAGAGAAGGAGAGAUGAGGAGAAGAGAGUGAAAGAGGAGAAUGAGAAGAAAAGGCUGGAAGAAAUUCAACGAAAGGAAUGGGAGGAAGAAAUGUUGGAGCAGAAAAACAGAGAGAUACAAAAGCAAAAGGAAGAAUGGGAGAAGGAGAGAGAAGCAGAGCGGAUCAGACAAGAAGAAGAAAAUGAAAAGAUACGACUAGAGGAGCAAACAAGACUUCAAAAGAUGCAAGAAGAGUACGAGCAGGAGAAACUAAGAAAAGAAGAAGAGAGAGAUAAAAGUGAGAAGGAGAGAGCCAGACAGCUUCAAGAAAUGGAUGAGAAUAUCACCAAGGAACGAGAGGAGAGAAGGAGAGAUGAGGAGAAGAGAGUGGAAGAGGAGAAGGAGAAGAGAAGACAGGAAGAAAUUCAACUAAUUGAGUGGGAGAAAAAACUUGUGUGUGGAGUGAUGGAGCAGAGUAAAGAAGAGAUAAAAAAGCAAAAAGAAGAAUGGGAGAAGGAGAGAGAAGCAGCUCGGAUCAGACAAGAAGAAGAAAAUGAAAAGAUACGACUAGAGGAGAAAACAAGACUUCAAAAGUUGCAAGAAGAGUACGAGCAGGAGAAACUAAGAAGAGAAAAAGAGAGAGAUAAAAGUGAGAAGAGGAGAGCCAAACAGCUUCAAGAAAUGGAGGAAAAUAUCACUAAGGAACGAGAGGAGAGGAAAAGAGAUGAGGAGAAGAGAAGGAAAGAGGAGAAGGAGAAGAAAAGGCAAGAGAAAAUUCAACGAGAGGAGUGGGAGAAAAAAGUGUUGGAGCAGAAAAACAGAGAGAUGAAAAAGCAAAAGGAAGAAUGGAAGAAGGAGAGAGAAGCAGAGCGGAUCAGACAACAAGAAGAAAAUGAAAAGAGACGACAAGAGGAGCAAACAACACUUCAAAGGAUGCAAAAAGAGUACGAGCAGGAGAAACUAAGAAGAGAAAAAGAGAGAGAUAAAAGUGAGAAGGAGAAAGCCAGAAAGCUUAAAGAAAUGGAGGAAAAUAUCAACAAGGAGCGAGAGGAGAGAAGGAGAGAUGAGGAGAAGAGAAGGAAAGAGGAGAAGGAGAAGAAAAGGCAAGAAGAAAUUCAACGAAAGAAAUGGGAGAAAAAAAUGUUGGAGCAGAAAAACAGAGAGAUGGAAAAUCUAAAAGAAGAAUGGAAGAAGGAGAGAGAAGCAGAGCGGAUCAGACAAGAAGAAGAAAAUGAAAAGAGACGACAAGAGCAGAAAACAAGACUUAAAAGGAUGCAAAAAGAGUACGAGCAGGAGAAACGAAGAAACGAAGAAGAUAGAGAGAGAAGAGAACAGGAGGAGGAGGAGAAGACAAAAGUAAUGGAGGAAAAACAUGAAAAAGAACUGGAAGACAUGAAGCUGAAAUAUGAAGAGGAGGCCAGAAAACUAGCUGAAGAAUCCGGCAACUUUGGAAAAAUAAUCGAGUACUUAAAACCCAUUGUAAAUGCUGCUGUGGUUGUUGUCACGAAUGUUGUCACGCAAAGCGUGAAAAAAAUCGCAUUUGGUGAGUAGCCUUUAACAAGUUAAACCAAAAACACAAGAUGAUACAACCGGUGCACCAUCCUCUGAUCUUCUUGCUGACUCAUGAUCAUCAUCACGUCAGCAGAUAGAGCAUCAUGUCCUCUUCAUUGAACAGCAGAUUUCUGGAGGAUAAUUCUCAAACAGGGUCCAAUCUAAGCCACUCAGAAAGAACUAGCACCCAUUGAGACAUUUCCAUUCUGUGAGUAUGUUUUUAGUACCAGCUGUAGUACAAUGUCUAACUUUUCAAUUGUUAAUCGUUUAACCAACCCUCAAGGUGCAGAUCAACUUUGUCUGUUUUAUGGAUUUAGGGUUAUAAUAAUAAGUAGACUUGAGUCAAAGUCCCUCGAGGAAUAUGAGUAUUAAUGUGACUGGGUGGAGGGGCCUCAUUUAUGCUGACAUAAUCUUCGUGUCUCAACCAAGUUUCAGUUUAUUUGUUAAUCUGUUGUAAUAUUCUGGUGGUGUAGGGGAGCAGGGAAGCAUAAAGGGGAGCUCACCAGGACAGGGGGGAUUGUAUGAAAUUGUUUUUAUCUGUUUUUAUAUAAUCAGAAUAGACAGUAUUGCAAAUUACUGGUUUUGAGUUGAAAAAGUGUGUUCAUGUUCAUGGACUUGUGUUAAUCAGUCAGUCACUGCCACUACUUAACGGCACCAAAAUUGUUUUGUGUCAUCCUUUGUUUUAUUAAUAUAUAUCUCUCAAUAUGUAGAGCAUGUGCUGCCACAAGAGAGCGCCCUGUCUGUGAGCAGCUUGUUCUUAAAGUGUUGGGGUUCCUGUUGAAUGAUCUGCAGCCUGACUGCUGUUUGUGCAGUGUGAAUCCACAAUAGCCGUGUUCACACCGCAGUACUUUUCCCACUUUAGUUCCGAUAUAGUUCCGAAAUGUCGCGUUCACACCAAAAAGAGCCGUAACUAAAAUUAGUUAAUCAGAA